AUGGCGGAAGACCCUUUAACUACAAGCUCGACACAGCAACCGCCCAUCUAUCGUCCCAUACCUCGCCGCAACUUCUCCACACAGACAGACGCCUCGUCAGACUCGCCCGCACACGCUUUCGUCCCGUCAACGCCACCCGGCGUCGCAGAGACGCAGAACCGCCCAUCGGAUUUCCUUGCGCAGCUCAACGCGCGCCUGCUGCGGACAUACAAUGCGGGUCUCAAUCUCAACGACGAUGCAGAACCAGAAGGAGCGCCGCCACCGCGGAAUAAAAGUCUCAUGAACCUGACUAAAAGCACGCUUUUUGGCAUCUACGACGACGAUGCCAGCACACCAGUGGAACAGAGUGUCCCGGAGACGCCCUGGGGCAUGGGCACAGAGACACCCGGAAGGAAACAUCCAGGCGCAACCAGAUGGGAUAGUGGAACAGAUAGCCCUGCUCUAGGUCUCACCAUGCAGCCGCGCAGGAGAACCGCCAAUAGCAAUCGCGAAGCAGCACGGUCACCGUCUACCAGACAGGGUCUAAGGCCGCAGAGGAAGGGUGUUUGGAAGUACACUGUAUCUCUAGGGAAGCUAGCAGCUUUGUUCCUUUUUGGCGUCACCUACGGCGUCAUUGUCAGCCACCUGCACGACACUAGGGAAUUGGCCGCCGUAAGGGUAGAAGGCGUAGACCGAGGGAACUGGACAUAUCUUGCAAGCUGGGGGAUUGCCGGCCUUGUUCUAGGCAGUUGCCUGCCAUACGUCGAACUUACGUGGGGCCGGCAGCCGGCGAAAGGCCUUGAAGAAGAGUGUGCGCCGGAGCAGGAGAACGAAACGGGCUUCAGCGAGCAGUGGAACGACAUAGUGCGGAGCGUGGGCGCUUUCCUGGCAAUAGCAUUCGCCAUCCGCAAACUCCCCUGGCAGUCCACCCUUCAGCUCACCCUCACGCUCGCCCUCGUCAACCCCGCUCUUUGGUACAUACUCGACCGUACCAAGCCUGGCUUCUCAUACUCUCUCCUCGUAACAUCUGUCCUAACCUCCUUCAUCUUCCUCUCAGACCCCGACAUUCUCCCUUCGCCCUCCCUACCAGCCACGAUCAACGGCACGCACGUACCAUCGGCUGCACGAUUGCAGGGUCAGCAAGACAUGUUUGUUGGCGUGGUUAGCUAUGACACGCUAGCUGUAGUGACAUGGGUGGGCAGCGUGCUGUUCUGCAGUUGCGUGUGCUUUGGGAGUAUUGGCCGACGCCUGGCCGUGUGGGAUCAUAGCGAGUUGGCAAAAAAGAGAUAG